GGCUGUUCCAGACUUUCUUCACGGCACUUCUCCACAGGCUUGAAAAUAGAAAACAGGAAGGCGAGGUCCCGGCUCAGUCUUUUCACUUUCACUUUCUCAGGAACUCACUCCAGUCUCCGGGAUAUCACGUUUCUUGGGAGUCCGCUCAAACAGAAACCACCAGCCUAUUCACAGCCCAUCCUCCAGGGCCCACACUAUAGAGUGGAGUCCUUCUGACUACAGGUCUGAUGCCACCCAAAGGCAACAUGAGAAAGAAGCUUCCUGAUCCUCUCCCUGAGGGCUUUAUCCUUACGGAUUUUGAAAAGAAACACUGGAAACUUGGGAAAGUUAUUGGUAAUGGUGGAUUUGGGCUGAUACACUUGGCUUCUCCUGCGACAGAGGACAAUGUUAGCGAUGAUGCCAUGUAUGUCGUUAAAAUAGAGCACCAGGAUAAUGGGCCCUUGUUCACAGAGCUGAAAUUUUAUCAGAGAGUGGCGAAAUCUGAGCACAUAAAGAAAUGGAUGAAGGAUCACCGGUUGAGUUUCUUAGGCAUACCUGCUUAUUGGGGAUCAGGAUUGGUUGAACACAAUGGGAAAAGCUAUAGGUUCAUGGUAUUAGACAGACUUGGUGUAGAUUUGCAAAAAGUGCUGGAAGCAAGUGGAAAUCAAUUGAGUAAAACAACUGUUUUGCUGAUAGGCAGUCAACUGCUUGAGAUUUUGGAGUUUAUUCAUGAACAUGAAUACAUCCAUGGUGAUAUCAAGUCAGCAAACUUACUUCUAGGCUUCAGAAAUCACAAAGAGAUUUAUCUAGCAGAUUAUGGUCUGGCGUUCCGAUAUCAUCCUAAUGGAGCUCACAAACAGUAUAAGGAGGAUCCGAAGAAAGGUCACAAUGGGACGAUUGAAUUUACCAGUAUUGAUGCUCACAAAGGUGUAGCUCCAUCCAGACGAGGCGACCUGGAAAUCCUCGGCUACUGCAUGCUACAGUGGCUGUGUGGGAAGCUACCCUGGGAGCAGAGCUUGAAGGAUCCUGCAGCAGUUCAAGAAGCUAAAAUCAAAUUUAUGGAAAACCUUCCUACCUCUGUGCACCAGUGUUUUCCCUCUGGAUCUGAAAGCAGUGAAAUAAUCAACUAUUUUUCUUAUGUGAGCACUCUGAAAUAUGAAGAAAAGCCACAAUAUCAGAAACUACGCAAAAUCUUAUUGAAUAGCCGAUAUAAGUGCAUGGAUUCGCAGUUUCUAUUUGAUACUGAAAAUUUUAAGAACGUACCUUCAAAUCACAAAAUUCAAAAUGCUGCUGUAACAAGACACAAAACAAGACAACAAACUCAACACGAACCAAAAUCAACAAAAGAGAAAAGUAACACACUGCGUAAUGUUGAACAUGCAACUUCACUGAAGCGAAGGGAUAGAAAAGCAGAGGUCACAAUGACUGUACAAAACAAAUCAAAAAUGAUUGGUUCAUUUGAAUCCUCAAUAUCACCUCAGGUCAAGGUUAGGAAACCAGAGGUCACAAUGACUGUUCAGAACAAAGCAAGAAUAAUUGGUCCAACUGAACUUCCAAGAGGUCCUCAGCUUACUUACAGUAAACCAGAGGUCACAAUGACUGUUCAGAAGGAAACAAGAGUGACUGAGCCAACAGUACCGUCCAUCAUGUUCCAGGAUCAAAUCCGAAUAAAAUCAGAUGUCUUACUGUAUGGUUUUGCGGUUCUUGUCUUGAUAGUAUUGAUAAUCCUAGUAAUCAUGUUUUUUUAAGUACUGUACAAUUUAUCAGAGCCGUCACUCUUUCUGUGCUGUGUAAUAAGUUAACUUUUCAGACAGUUUAACAGCCUCUUUUGCAUAAAGCUAUUGAAUAAACAGACUAAAUUUAGCACUAUUAAGAACACUCUACAUCAGUUUAUUUAUGGCGACAGAAUAAAUCUGAAUCAGCUUUUGUU